AUGAAGAAACCCACUCUUUCAGAAAAUGGGACUUUCAAAUAUGUCAGUAAUGAUAAUGCAACUUCAUUUAUUGAUCAGAAAAUGACUUCCAGCGAUAUAACAGCAAGAAUUACUUCAGUUAAUAAUACACAAACAACCAAGAAUCUGCCAACCACUGACGACACGUCCAGAAUAAUAACUCAAACAUCUUCAUCAACUAAUAAACAAUCCACAGAAGAACAUGCAAUAUCAACACCUUCUGAGAUGACCUCGGAUCUGAUUGAAACAGUUGUAUUAACGACGGAUGAUAUUGAAGCAACAUCAUUCUUUCCUAAUGCAGAAACGACUUCAACGAAUAAUCAGCAAGAGAAAGGAACAUCAACUAAAAACGAACAGACCACCGUAACAGGUUAUGCUGAGUCGUAUACAGAGCCAGAAACAAAAAAUUCUUCCAGCAAAUCAAACACAGAUAAACUUCGAACGACACAACAUGAUUUUGAAACAUCGUCACAAUCUUUACAAGAAACAGAACAACCGAUAACUGAAUUUCAAUUUUUCAAUAAUCCGACAACUAACACCAACACAAUAACUAAUUAUCCGAUGACAACAACAAAAACUACUGCCUCAAGAACUAUUUCCAAUGAUCCGGCUACGACUAAAAUUACAACUGUUCCUUCUUAUUCUGAAAAUCAAAAGACAUCAAAUACAAACACUAUUUCCAGAACAAAAAUACCAAGUAGUAUGAUAACAGCAGAGAUACCGAUAUCAACAUCUACAUUCGAAAGCGCCCUAACGACAACUACAAUCCCAAUGACCACUUCAGAGACAUUUAGUAAUCCAACUAAGACAGCAAUUGCACUCUCAACAACACCAACUACCAAUAAUCAAGUGACAGUAGCAUCAUCCCUUCCUAAUACUUAUACUUCUACAUUGGCGAUUUCUAACAGUGAAAUGACAACUGAAAAUCAUAUUCCUACAGAAGCUUUCUUCGGAACUUCUACGAUAUCAAAUGUCCCUGCUUCGUCAGAAAACCAACAUUCAUCAACAAUUACUGUGGAAAAAACGUCUUUCGAAGAUAUGUCGACCACAUCUGAAGGACAAAGUAGAACGACAAAACAAGCAAUAAAUCUAGAAACUACAGCUCAUACUUCUUCAGAAGAUGAAACCUCAGAGGUUUUUUAUGCUACUACAUCAAAAGCGUCGGCAGGAAACCAGCAAUCAUCAACAAUUAUUGUGAAAACAAGACCAGUCGAAGAUAUAUCAACCACAUCUGAAGGACAAAGUAGAACGACAAAACAAUUAAUAAAUCUAGAAACUACAGCUGCUACUUCUUCAGAAGAUGAAACCUCAGAAGUUUUUUAUGCUACUACAUUAACGGCUGUGGCAGGAAACCAGCAAUCAUCAACAAUUAUUGUGAAAAAAACACCAGUCGAAGAUAUAUCAAUCACAUCUGAAGAACAACGUAAAACAACAACACAAGCAAUAACUACAGCUGAUACUUCUAUAGAAGAUCAAACCUCACAAAUUAUUUAUACUGCUACAUCAGAGGUUUCCAACAGUGAAACAACAUCUGAAAAUCUUGUUUCUACAGAAGCUUUGAUCAGAACUUCUACGACACCAAAACUGCCUGCUUCGUCAGAAAACCAGCAUUUAUCAACAAUUACUUUGAAAACAACCCCAGCCGGAGAUAAAUCGAUCACAUCUGUAGGACAACGGAAAACGACAACAGAAGCAGUUACUGCAGAAAACACACCUGGUACAUCAAAACAUCAAACUGCAAAACUUACAGACGCUGACUUUACAGAAGGACUUACGACUGGCGGUGAGCCAACAGAUAGAUUAACUCACGCCACAACUGAUUACACAAUUUUACACAUUUUUAAUAGUUCUGCAAUGACCCCUCGUGGAAAUGACUUUACCCUUUCACAAACUCUCACAACACAAGAUAGUAAACACAAUUCAGGUGAUAUGGUUGAUAAAUCUACUGUCUCUAGUGUUGAUAAUACACACAUCGAUUUUACUUCUGCCACUUAUUCACAAAAUGGGGACAUAACUCAGGCUACUACGAGUUUUCGAAAUUUUAUAAGUACUUUGACAAAAGAAUUAAAUACUCAUGCAAUAACAAAUACUUUCAAAACUGGUAUGAGUAGUAAUUCAUAUGAUAAUACAUUCCCUGCUUUUUCAGAACCAAGUACAUCAACACCAUCCAAUAAUGAAGGUACGGAAUCUUCAAUCCCGACAACAAAACUCACAAGCUCUUUAUCCGAUGGUUCACAAUCUACGGUUUCAAGACAGACGGCAUACACCAAACUUUCAUCACCAGCUGACAUAACAACCCAACCGCCAGCAGAUUUCUCUUCAGCAACAAGUCCACAUGUCACACGUAUAUCAGACUCUAGAGCAUCAUCCAGGGAUAAGGAAUUUACAACAAAGAUGUCAACCAUAGAUUCGUUAAAAGACACGACAAAUAAUUUGCAAACUACCAUUACAACAUCGAAUUCAGAUGUUAUAUCAAGUACCACUACGGAAAGUGAAAGCAUUGAAACAACAGGCUUUGAAAAAUCAACGUUUGAUAUUGAAAAUGGUUAUAGAUCAAGCACAGUAAAAGUGGAUAUUUCUUCUGGCUUUCCAUUACAUACUGAUAAUACUGAAAAAGUUGUAAGUAAUUCGAUUACAACCGAUAUUAAUAGAGUAACUAAAACAUACACUACAGAGAAUGUUCCUUCUUCGGCGUCAAUUACCACUAGACACUUACAUACUGACACAACUGUAGGCUUUAUUGAUUCAUCCUCACCUGAGAUGUCACCAACUAAAUAUUCACAAUAUAAGGAAACAUCCACUGCUGAUUCCAGUACUUCCCGAACGAAAAGUGCAAUAGCCGAUAUAUCAUACACAUCUCCCGUUGACACAUCUAGUGUACCAUUUGGUUCCAAAAUUACAUCUGAAGAUGCGACUUUUGACUUAACUGCGAUCGUGACAUCAGACAAAGAAAUAUCAUCAGGCAUUACCGUUACCAUUACAGAUAGUUCAGAUAAAGAAUCUGCAUCUGUGAGUUCAGAAACAAUUGGAACUGUCUCUGGUGAUUUGCCUUCGACAACAAAAGGUUAUGUUGAAUCGGAGUCGACAACUACAAAGUCAUUUUCAGAGGAACCUUCUACGGUGGUGGUGUCUACAGAACCAGUAUCUGACAUCAAAUCUCCAGAGGUUAUAAUUACAGCGUUAAAUACUAAUGUACCAUCCAAAAAGUUUGAGACUACAUAUUCAACUACUGCUGUCACGUCUCAAGAGGUGGUAAUUACUACUUUAGGCAGUGAUUCACUGACCACAGUGGAUAUUGUUUCACCAUCGGAUGUUGAGACAUUAUCUCCUAAAAUGACAUCUACAACAACAAAAACUGAAGAGCCGUCUACAGAUGUAAUAGCAACAACGUUAAAACCCGAGGUUUCCUCUAUAAAAUCAGUGUCUUCAGAGUCAAAUACUGAGUUAACGUCACAAGAGGACAUUAUUACUAGAACGACAACAGAAGGGCCGACAAAGACAGUGCAGACUGCAAUUUCGUCAGAGAUGACGAUGCAUACAGCAACAAGUACUCCAGUUUCAUUUGCAGUUAGUACUCCAAAUGUCAAAGCAGAUUCCACAGAGGUAUAUGUUUCAAGUGUGAAGGAUAAUUCAAUAUCUGGUGCAACUUCUCCAUCGAUUCAAACUACAUAUAUUCAUGAACAGUUUGUGUCGGAUACAACAACAAUGAGUAAUGGUGCCUCAACAAGCACAACGAUAGACACAUUUUUAUUUUCUGACACACCUUCUGUAGAUCCAGCUGUUUCGACAUCAAGUAGUACGCCGAAAAUAGGGUCAAACACAGGUGCAUCUUCUCUAGGUAGAGGCGGAACAACUUUAGGUACUGGUCCUUUCUCGUCAGAAAUAUCAAGGUCAACUACUAGUGCUGGAGGUAUAUCAUCGGAAAUAACAUUUACAGCUACAGCGUCGCAACCUACAGAUAGAACAAUUGUGAAUUCUUAUACACAACAGCCGACUGGACGCGAAUUUUCUGCAACAGACAACACUCAUACUCGUUUGGCUGAUGUAACAGAUGUAACACCGAGCUCUGAGACGACGACUGAUGAAACGUAUAGCAGUAAAACAAGGGACUUAUUGUCUGUAGAAUUUACAGCUUCAACAUCUUUUAAAGAGACGGAUACAGCAGAAACUACUGAUGCAAUGGAAUCGAAUACAAAAACAUCGUCUUCAGAAGUAGAAACUGUAACAUCAACUGGUAAGACGACUUCCCAAAAGACGGAAAGUACAACAUCCAUUACAACUGCACCUACCCAGGAGAUGGAGGUUACUACAUUAAUAAGCAAAACUCCCUCUGAUGCAACUCAUGAGGUUGACGGUACAGUAUCUAUUAUAAAUGCACUUUCGACAAAAUAUGAGGAAUCAACGUCUGCUAUACCGGUACCACCUUCAAGUCAAGAGGGAACCACCUCAAUAAAUGACACACCUCCCAUAGUGACAGAUGAUGCACAAUCAAUUACUCAGACAUCUACUAACAAAAUGGAUAUAACAAAGUUUGUGACUGGCACGCCGUCUUUGAAAACUGAGAAUGCAGUAUCAGUUACACAAACAUCGUCACAAGGAUUAGAUGUAAGAACAUCGUCAACCUAUACACCUUCGGAGGACUCAUCAUUAGCAAAUAGUAAAGCAUCAUCACAGAGGAAUACUGAUGUUUCUUUAUUUCCCAUUGUUGCUACAUCAAUAAAGCCGUCUUCUGAAAAGACUGAAACCACUGUUACCGUUUCAAAGGUUUCAACUUUUCAAGAUGAAACUGCUGUUUCAACUCAUACCGCAUAUGCUACAAAGCCGACUGUACCAUCAAGUACUGGACCAUCUCUGCAUCAGGUUACAUUACACACUGAGAUGACUUCUAUAGACAAUGACGAGGAAACAUCUACAGCUCAUUAUCAGACAAGUUCUAAAAUGGCAACAACUACAACACCAAUCACUGAUUUAGAAACCUUUACCAUGAUUAAUGAACCGUAUUCGAGUACAGAGGCUACCACAUCAGAUAUUGCGACUACAUUACUACGAACUGAAAUAUCUUCCUCUGAAGUUACACCUAUUACAUCAAACAGCCAGGCAGCUUCCCAAAAGGCAGUAACUACAACUGCUAGCACUUUGAAACCUCCCGACUCUUCAGUUGUAACAUUUAGCGAAACAUCUUCCAAAGACGUAUCUCCUACAACUUCGAAUACUCGUGUGCCAUAUAUUGCGACUUCGACACCAAAUACAUUUACAGUUUUAACAGAUACGUCUGAUGUUUCAUCAAAUACUAUGCAACAUUCUUCCCAUAAAUCUAGUGGAACAACUAAAGCUAUUGUAUUUUCAGAAAGUACAUCUUCGACAUCUAAUGUUGGAGAUGAAUUUACCUCUAAGGAAUUAUCGGCAGGGACAUCUACAUCUACAAAUGAAACACCGUAUUCUAGAGAAUUGUCAACAACAAUAAGGACUGUACCAACUUCGUCAGAGGUAACAAAACGUACGACAAGCAUUAGUAUGGUUUCAUCAGGGGUAACUUCACAAUCCGAAAUUGAUGUAUCUUCCUUUGAGGCAACCGCUUUAUCACAAGAGCAUACAUCGGGAGAAACUUCAACACAUAGUAAAUUGUCAUCUUCUGCGGCUUCAUAUAAAACAUCAACUACAAAAGCAAUCGAAACAGAGGAGCAAAAUACAAGAUCAAGUUCUAAAGUCCUUUCUACAGUUGAUACUGCUACAACAUCAAGUAGUGAUGGAAUAUCUCUAACAGACGCUACUAUUACAAAGUCAAUCAUCAAAGGUACACAGCCAGAUACAACACAUAUUGAAGAGAUUUCGUCGCAAGGUGCCACUUCUACAUUACUUGGUACAAGUGCACAUUCUGUAAUGAUUACUACUAUACCAUAUACUGAUAGGUCGCCUGAUCAUUUGACGAAUACAAUAUCGAGUACUGUCAUCACUUCUCAAAACGUGGAAGCGACAUUGGGCACAGAAACGCCCUACCCGGAUACUACUUUUCAACCUUCUGACGACGGAGCAACAUCAUUUAGUAAGACAACAUUCAAAGAUACUUCUGCUUCAAUUGAUAGUACAGACGAUUCAAAUGUUAUGUCCACAGUUUAUUAUACGGUUACCAAUUCUAAAAAGGAAACACAAACAACCUCAGCCACUGAAACAGUGUCUGAUGACAAUGAAAUUGUAACAUCAACUUUUAAAGUUUCUAAGGAUGGAAAAAGUGUAACACCAGUUGUUGAAGUAUCAUCUACACUUCAGUUUCAAACUCCUUCAGAUGAAACUUAUCUCACCAAUUCAAGUUUAUCAACUGAUAUGUACACAUCUGACAAACAUAUAUCAUCAGGGUUGACAUUUAGCACGGAGACGUACACUGAAAACAUGAAAUUGUCUCACGACCAGACGUCAACGUAUUCCGAAACGGCGGAUUCAAUUGUUUUAAAUGAAACGAACACAGUGGGUACCACAUCAUUAGACAUGUCCACUGUCACAGAAAAGGGAACUACAGGGACAUCUGUUACAUUACAGACACAAGCUGAAACCAAUCCUGUUACUGUUCAAAAUUCCAUAACAGAUGAAUAUGAUACAACAGCUGUAUCCUCAAUCACAAAUGAAAUACUAACAGAUGGCAUUGCGACACAAGAAUCUUCAAUUUUCACAGAAGAACACACUACCGCAAUGUCAACUAGAGUAGACGAUAACACGAUGACGUCAAAUAUUUCAAACACGAUACAAGGAAGUACAGAAAAAGUAUCAACUACAGCACUUACUGAAACAUCAACUAGUAAGAUGACAGUCACAGAUUCAGGGACUACAAAAGGCGCAGAGACAUUAAAUAUAACACAUAUUUCAUCUUCCGACAUAACAGCAAAAACAAGUGUUACUCAAUCAACCACAUCAUACUCCAAGGAAACAACAUACGAUGAGACAUCUAAUUCUUCUGACACUAGUAUAGCAACAGAAAAACCGACCAACACGACUUCAAAAUUAAAUAAAUAUACGGAAGAUGCAUCUUCUAUUGAAAUGAUCACACAAACCACAGUGGAUACCCCUACAACUUCUGACGCCACACAAACAACUGUUGGUACCACUACACCUAUUUACGCCACACAAACAACAGGGGAUACCACUACCUCUUCUGAUACCACACAAUCAAAUGUGGGUACUACUACCACUGCUGACGCCACACAAACAAAUGUGGGUACUACCACCACUAUUGACGCCACACAAACAGUUUUGGCUACCACUACCGCUUCUGACCCCACACAAACACAUGUGGCUACCACUAACACUUCUCAUGCCACAAAAACAACUGUAGAUACCAUUACCACUCUUGGCACCACACAAACAACUGUAGAUACCACUUCCGCUUCUGACGCUACACAAACAAAUGUGGGGACCACUACCACUUCUGACGUCAAACAAACAACAAAGGGUACUAUAAAUACUUCUGACGUCGCACAUACCACAGAGGGUACCAUUACCAUUUCUGACGCCAUACAAACAACUGUUGAUACCACUUCCGCUUCUGACGCCACACAAACAAAUAUUGGUACCACUAACACUUCUGACGUCACACAUGCAACUGUGGGUACCACUUUCAAUUCUGACGCUGUACAAACAACUGUUAGUACAACUACCACUUAUGACGCCACACAAACAACUGUUGGUACCAUUACCACUUCUGACGCACCACAAACAUCUGUGGGUAUUACCACUACUUCUGACGCCACUCAUACAACUGUGGGUACCACUUCCAAUUUCGACGCCACUCAAACAUCUGUCGGUAUUACUACUACUUCUGACGCCACAGAAACAACUGUUGGUACCAUUACCACUUCUGACGCAACACAAACAUCUGUGGGUAUUACCACUACUUCUGACGCCACUCAUACAACUGUGGGUACCACUUCCAAUUUUGACGCCACACAAACAUCUGUCGGUAUUACUACUACUUCUGACGCCACAGAAACAACUCUUGGUACCACUACCACUUUUGACGCAACACAAACAUCUUCGGGUAUUUCCACUACUUCUGACGCCACAGAAACAACUGUGGGUCCCUUUACCACCUCUGACGCAGCACAAACAUCUGUGGGUAUUACCACUACUUCUGAUGCCACUCAUACAACUGUGGGUACCACUUCCAAUUUUGACGCCACACAAACAUCUGUCGGUAUUACUACUACUUCUGACGCCACAGAAACAACUCUUGGUACCACUACCACUUUUGACGCAACACAAACAUCUGUGGGUAUUUCCACUACUUCUGACGCCACAGAAACAACUGUGGGUCCCUUUACCACCUCUGACGCCACACAAACAACUGUGGAUACCUCUACCCCUUCUGACGGCACACAAACAAAUACAGACACAACGAUCAAGUCAACCUCACGUAUAGAACAAAGUACUACAAUUUAUGGAUCAACACCUGAUAGUACUUCACAGGAAACCACCGCUGGGACAACCACUGACAGACAGACUGUUACAAAAAUUCAGGAUACACCCACAGUCAGAACCACAAUCACAGAUAAGCAUAUUACUAUGACACAAGACAUAUUUAACAUGUCAGGUGUUACGUAUACGAUUACCAAUGAUAUAUCAACUGAGCUCUACACAAUACCCAAAGUUAAAACAACACAUGACAAAACUCUUGUGGCCACAACAGAUACUACAACAUUGCAAAAUCUGGCACAAUUAUCGACGAUAAAAGAGUCGAAUUGGAUAACUACUGUCAAUGAGGCUUAUAAAAGCACUACACCAACCAUAAACGGAUUGGUAACUGAUUCAGGUAGUGAAGUUUCUAAAACCGAGUACCAAGGUCAGAUAGUAACAGAUGAAGAAUGGGACGAUAAUCUGGAUGAUCCUAAUUCACAAGCAUUUAAAGAUAAAGCUGAACAAAUUAGACAAUUUCUUAUGAUGCUAUUCGCAAAUUCUGACUUAGCAGGACUCAUAGAUGAUAUCAUAAUAACAGGUUUCCAACCUGGCAGUAUUGUAGUACGGUUUGACGUCAUAGUGAUUAAUGUAGAAUAUGAUGCGUCAACUAUGAAGGCUAAGCUCAACCAAGGGUAUCAUGCCGUCAGUAAUCCUGGAUACGUAAUUAAAGACCAAGAGACUUCCUUUAUAGAACAAGGAACGAUAACAACGUCAGCUGAAGAUGUUAUUACAACUCCCCCUUUAACAACACCCUACAUUGAUCCAUGCUUGUCUGCACCCUGUCCAGGAAACAGUAAUUGUUCCAGUAAUGGACACGAUCAUACUUGUAUUUGCCAUCCUGGAUACAUCUUGGAUGUUGGUACUUGUAAGGACUUUGAUGAAUGCUCAAAUUACCUUUGUCCACCGUAUUCCAUUUGUAAUAAUACAGUAGGAAGUUAUACAUGUACAUGCAGAGCAGGAUUCUACCAAGAAAAUGACAUAUGUAAAGAUAUGGAUGAGUGUUUGGUAACAGAUGUAUGCACGAGUAAUUCGUCUUGUAUUAACACUGUUGGAAGUUACAAAUGUCAGUGUGAUGAAGGCUUCAAGAAAUCCAGUGUUGGACUAUGUGAAGAUAUCAAUGAAUGCUUAGACUAUGCCUGUUCAAGUCAUGCUUAUUGUAACAAUACUAUUGGCAGUUUUCUCUGCACCUGUGAAGAAGGCUUCUAUGAAUCUGGUGGAGCAUGCCUGGAUAUAGAUGAGUGCUCAUAUCCAGACGUCUGUUCAAACCAUUCUACAUGUAUCAAUAUAGAUGGUGGGUUUUACUGUGUGUGUGAUCAUGGAUAUCAAAAUACAAGUGGUAUAUGUACAGACAUAAAUGAAUGUUUACAAGACGUCUGUCCUACUGAUUCUACGUGUAACAAUACAGAUGGCAGUUAUAUAUGCAGCUGCAAUACUGGAUUUGUAAAGUCACAAGACGCAUGUGAAGAUAUAAAUGAAUGUUUGAAUAGCCCAUGUCCUAUGAACUCUGUUUGCCACAACUUAAAGGGUAGUUAUGGCUGUACCUGUAGAGCUGGUUACCAUGAUUCUGGUGGCGACUGUAUAGAUGUCAAUGAAUGUCAGAAUGAUCCCUGUCCAGAUCAUUCAAGCUGUUCAAACACUAAUGGAAGUUUUACCUGUACCUGCAUGACUGGUUACAUUAACACAGGAACGGAAUGCCGAGAUGUUAAUGAAUGCUUGUAUGGUAUCUGUCCGUCACAAUCAGAAUGUAUUAACACCGAUGGCAGCUACAUGUGUAACUGUACUUCUGGUUAUCAGAUGAUCAACAUGCAAUGCGAAGAUAUAGAUGAAUGUCUGUCUUCUCCAUGUUCAGAUCAUACAGAGUGUAUAAAUACGAUUGGUAGCUAUACAUGCAACUGUAUACCAGGAUUUCAGUUGCUUAAUGGACAGUGUCAGGACAUUGACGAAUGUAAGGAGAGUCCUUGCCCAUCACAUUCGAAUUGUACCAACACGGACGGAAGUUAUUGGUGUGGAUGUUAUGAUGGUUUCUAUCAAGAGAAUGCUUUUACUUGUCUAGAUCUACAAAUAUUUGAGUUAGGGAUGAAGAUAACGAAAUUAAAUGGUAGUCAGGCUGUAUAUACCUCUGAUAUGCAAAGUUCAUCAUCACCUAUAUAUCAGCAAUUGUUGAAACAGUUACAAAAUUCCUUCCAACAGAUAAUGGAGUCCAAUUUUAUGAACGAAACAUACAAAGACGUUGCAAUACAUAGUGUUCUGCCUGGAAGUAUCAUAGUGGAUAUAUAUGUAUACUACAAAUUAACAACAAACGCUUCGGCAAUGGAUUUGUAUACAGCUGUCACUGGCGGAGGUGGUGAUUUUCUAGAUUAUGGGAUAGAGUUCUCAUCAGACAAUUUGACUGUUCAAGUAAUUGAUAAGGUUAAUGUCGAUCCUAUCAGUGGUAUGAAGCUUGCCUGUAAUAAACAAUAUUACAAACUAUCAGACAUAGUUACAUGUACAGUAACGUUAACAAGAGGGUCAGAUGUAUCAUAUAACAUUGAUUUUGGUGACGGGACAAGUUCCAGUUAUACUGAUCCAGAGAUGUUGUCAUUCUUGUCACCCUGGACAUUUUAUCAUCAGUAA